AUGGCUCCUCAUGCACCAAAGAUGAUUGGGAACAAAGUUGAAAUUGACAAGCUGAACGACUCUGAUCAGCCUUGCAGUGUUGUUGUUAUUGUCAAGGAGAAGCAAAAUCCUUUUGAAGCCAUCAUGUUUGGACAGGCUAUCGACAUCAUGGCACCACGAUUCCAGGCAUGCAAAAAAUACCGCAUCUCCAAUGCACCUAUCCAGUUCAUAAAACCAGAGUAUAUGACUCCUGGUCUUACUAAACAAUGGGUCAUCAGUGUUGGGACGGUUGUUGAAGAGGUUAAUGAACCAAUUACUGCUCUUGUGACCAAAGAGCAAUACACACACUUUGAUUCCCUCAAUAAGUUUGCUGGUGUUCAAGAUGGUUUUGUUGAUGUUAUUGGUGUCAUCGUCGAGAGAAACCACCCGCAAACUGUUACGACCCGAACUGGGAAAAAAAGAAUGAUCCAGAAAUUCUGUAUGCUGAAUGAAGAGUUGCAAUAUGUGAGAUUGUCACUGUGGGAAGAAUUCCACCAGGAUGUCGGAACAUUAUUAUCUGAACAAGUCCAAGCUAAGAGCUACCCAACCGUCGUUUGCCGCCGAAUGCUUGUCUCCGCCUACAACGGAAUCGAGGUAACCACUUCACAUAGAUCGGUGGUCUUGAUCAAUCCUCCUUCUGACAAAGCAAGGAAAUUGAGAAACUGGUCACAGCAAACCAAGAUCAAAAUCGAUCUUUUCUUGCAAAAUAAACCUUCAUCCUCGUCUACCUCUCAUAUCAGCCACACAAACCUUUCCCACAUCACUCCAAUCACACAUAUUGAUGACGAACAACAGGUUGGAUAUCUUGGUCAAAGUUCACGUGAGUUUAGAGACAUACCACAAUCAUUCUACUACAUGGCUUGCAAGGAAUGUGGCACUGGAACCACUGCAAUCUAUCAACAAGAUUUUAAAUGCAACAAAUGUUCAGUGAAGCAAUCAGCAACCAACCCAAAGUGUCGUCUAAGCGCUAAGAUUCAUGACGAGACCGGAUCAAUCCAAGCUACCAUUUUCGGCAAUAUCGCAGAAAAGAUAUUGGGUUUCACUGCAACAAAAAUCGUAGAAACCCCUGCAAAAAUAAAUCUUCGAGAAAUACAUGAGUUACUAGAGACCAAAACAUUCCUAUUUCACCUGAGAGGAUCAAAAAGAAUGUACAGAGGGCUUCGGGAUUACUAUGUUGUCAACUUAAUUGAGGACAACGGUUCUUUUGUGACCCCAUUACUAAUACCCGCCAGAGACAGUGAACUCACAGAUGAACUUCCUGAGGAACCCACCACUGAAGUUAUUUCGAUCAAACAAAUAGGCAACCGACAUGAGAUGACAAAGCGUCAUUUAUCUUCAAGAAUAGAUGGGAUGGAUGGGAAGGAGCUCUCAUUUCUAGGCGUGAGUGGUAGCUCUUCUCUUUCACUACAAUGCACUUAUCCUGAGUGA